AUGUCGUUCUUUAUGCAGGCUGUCCCCUUCUCUAGCUUCGGUCUCACGUUCCAGGUGUUGUCGGAUUUCCUUCGCAGCGCCAUGUUUGCACAGAUCCUUUCAACGCCGAAACGCGCCCAGCCCUUCCGAAUUCCCCUCUUCGCGCUCUUCCUCAGCGUCUUCCUUGUCGCCGACGUCCACGCCACGAUCUUCAUCGGCACCCCCAGUUCUUCGGUCCAAUGCGGGACGACACAUAUCACGUGGUCGGGCGGUGCGCCUCUCUAUCAGCUGUCGUUCAGCGGAUCGAACGGCGCGUCGGACUCGAUCGCUGACGUGAACGCGACCGACGCGGACUGGAAGACGACGAUGCCGGCGGGGACGGUUGUCACCCUGACGAUCCACGAUGACCACCUGCAGGGCACGGCGCAGUGGACGGUGGCGGAUGGGUCGGACAGUAGCUGUUUGGGAGGGGUGGGGACGGCGACGGACACGGUUUCUGCGACUGCCACGGGUACGUCGUCGUCUUCAAGUACAAGCUCGAGCGACCCCGCAUCGUCCACGGAUACAUCGCUUCCCACCAUGUCCACGUCUUCCGAGGAGAGUACGUCUACAGGCACUACAUCAGAGUCUUCGACGGAGACUCCGACCUCAACGACGACAUCGCACACCAUCACAAGCACCUCGACUUCCGUCACCACUAGUACGUCGUCGUCCGUUGUUGGUACGGACACAAGCGGAGAGCACACCACGCCUUCAGACCCGCUGGAGACAUCCUACAACCACCACCUCGUCAACAGGCUCAUCGACCACGUCUUCGGCGAGUUCCUCGACUACCACGACUACCAGGAGUGUUAUCAUUAUUUCUUCGACCAUCACGAGUUCUCCCUCGGAUCCUACUUCGGCGACGACGUCUCUGCCUCAACCUAUCAACGCGGUCGGCAUUUCGUCUACCAGUUCCAGCACGGAUUCCACCAGAACUGGCGCCGACAAAGCAACCAAGACCAGUGCAUCUGGAACGACCUCACGAACCUCCGCUGCCAGCCAAGCUGGCCAGACGGAUUCCUCGAAUCCGAUCUCUGGCGCGGUUCCGACUGGGACGGGUUCUGGCAGUCUCCAGUCUGCACUCAGUUCGGGUGCUCUGAAGGCGGCGCAAGAAUGCACGCGGACGAUGUCAUGAUGUCUGAGAAGGCGCCUCCCGCCGAGCACGACCGUCUCUCCGUCAACUCCGCGUCGUACUAUACCUCCUCCGUAUCCGACCGCCCUCUCAUUGCGCAUGGCUCUUCCGCGUCCCUCGACUUCCUCGCGACCAUCAGGCGCCUCACGAGCGCUUUCAGCACUACGCCCCCGCACAGGGUCUACCGCACCGGCGCGGCGCGGGACGCGGAGAACGGCGGCGGCGACGCCUCCUCGUUCGGGAGCUCGUCUCUGCGUCUCGUCCAUUCGCCCGAGUCGUUCUACUCCGGCCCGGACCUCGACGCGUCCGCAGAUGCCCUGGCGUCGCCCAUGCCCCUCCUCCAGCACACGCGCGCGCUGCGGCCCUCGACGACCUCUACUACCGUGGGCGCAAGCGUGAUGCUGCAAUCCCCCACCACGCCCGGCACGGACGACCCCUUCGCCGCGUUCGUCGCGCGCCAAUUCGGCCCCGCGUUCGACACGCUCGACCCCACGGACGACCGCUCGCUCUCGGUCGCGAGCGCCGCAUUCGACCACCCCUUCGUCGGCCGCGCGUCGGCCGCGCCCGCGUCCACGCUCGCGAUGCGCCCGCGCGCGACAGGCUUCUGGUCCGCGGGCGACGACGACGGCGAGCGCUCGCGCGCGAGCGGCGCGUCCUUCCCGGACUCGACCGGGCGCGCGAGCACCAAGUACUCCGUCGACGGCGGGGUGCGGCUCGCGGGCGGGCGCCCGGGGAGCCAGGAGGCGGACGUCGUCCCGUACGGGUACGACGACGGGGGCGCGUCGACGGUGAAGACGAUGCCGCCGCCGUACGGGCGGGUGCUGUCCGUCGCGGACUCGCUCCCGCCGCCGGUGCCGUCGCUGCCGUCGCCGGAGGAGGGGGAGUCCGCGGGGUCGUCGGUGUGGGCUAGGUGA